CCCAGUUUCCAAAAGAGGCGUGAAUAUUUUGAAUGUAUUGAUAGUUUAUUGGGUUCUUCACUCACUGAAAUUGUGAAAAACGGUGUUUGUGUUUGUAUUGUACAUCACACACACAGCACUCGACUCGGGUCGACUCGACGUCAUUUUAUACACAACUUGUAUUUAGUGCUGCACAUCCAUAGAGACAACAUGACGUUGAUGCAGUUAUUCGGGGCGCUGUUUGUCGCCUAUGGACCACCCAUGUCUCUCUUCAUCUUUACUAUCGCCCACAACCCCCUCAGGGUUAUCGUCAUGAUGGCUGGGAUGUUUUUCUGGUUGAUAGCGUUGCUUCUGUCCUCCAUCUGGUGGUUUGCCAUCGUGCCACUCCGAGAGGAGCUAGCCUUUGCUCUCACCUUCUCCGUGCUCUUCCAAGAGCUGCUUCGUUUUGCAUACUUCAAACUGCUGAGGAAAGCUGAGGAUGGUUUGCAGCAGUUUAACCAGACGGGACCAUCAACGACAACAUCAGCAGAAUCCAAUGGAACAUCAGACAGUGCACGACAUGUCUAUGCAUAUGUUGCUGGUCUCGGUUUUGGAACAAUGAGCGGUAUUUUCCAGCUGGUUAACAUCGUGGCAGACUCCAAGGGACCUGGGACCGUGGGGAUCAACGGUGGACCUCCGGAUUUCCUUAUUACCUCAGCUUUUCUGACCAUGGCCAUGGUCCUUCUGCACAUCAUCUGGAAUGUCUUAUUCUUCCAUGGUUGUGAGACCAAGAAGUAUUACAUUAAUGCCAUUGUGGUUGCCUCGCAUUUCCUGAUAUCCGAAUUGAGCCUUUUGAACGAGCAGCAACUGUACGCAGUGACCCUGCCGGUAGCGUUCCUCGUUCUCCUCGUUCUGUCCUCCUGGGCGUUCCUCAUCGUCGGGGGCUCCUUCUCGAGUGUCUGCAUCUCACUUCGGUGGAAAAGUCAACGUUACGCUCUGUAGAUACCAGUUAGUUGGCCUGGGUGACUAGUGAAAUUUACUAGUUUAGCUCAAAUAGGAUUGACUUUGACACUAGUCGCGACAAAUUUUUAAUUCCCAAGAUACUUUGUGGCAUAUUGUUUGCCGCAGGCUAAAUAAAGUGAAUAAAUUCACUCUGCAGGAUUGUGUCUCACUGAUGUUCGAUUGUGUUUCGUAAGAAAAUAAUAUUGUCGUGAGCAGGUAUGCAGGACUAUUUUUUUAGUAGUCAUGACUUUGCAAAUUAACCGAGUUGAUAAAAAAAUACUGUUAGUCGCGACUCAACUAA